AUGGCGUGCCAAUGCUCCCGCCACCAGCCCCUCUCCCGCCUCGUGUGCCUCCUUGCGCCCUUCCGGGGCGAGAAGCCGCUCUGCCCGAGAGCGCCGGGCUGGCGGCCGCGUCUCCGGCUCGCGGGACUCACGCUCGGCGCCCAGAUCGCGCCCCCGCGCCGCAAGCCGGGGCCCUCGGGAGGCGAGGCCUCUGGGAGCCUCCUCCGCCCCGCCGGGCCCCCGGGCUCGCGAGCUGCCUGCUCCCCGGGCCUGCUCCCCCCCGGGCGCCGUACUGCCAGUGCCGCCGCCCGCAGCGCCUUCCGCUCCGCUUUCCCCGCCCCGCCGACUUUUCCUGCGCCCCGUCCCUCCAGAAGGGUACCUGCCGAGCCGGCCUACGACCUCCUCAGUAAAGCUGAAGAACCAGCUGAAGGAGCAGAAUUGCAGCUUGAGAUUGCGCUUGCCUUGCCGGAGAACCGCAAGCCACAGCCCGCCUUCUUUUCUAGCGACUCUCCGAGGACUGUCCACCCCGCCGAAGAGCCACGCCACGCGCGCCCGGCCCUGGAGGACGCGCUCCGGCCAAGCCGGGCGCCCUCGCCCCCGCCGGCCGCCACCCAGGGCUGGGCGCCCCCCCCCCGGGCGUGCCCCCAGCUCCGUGGCCGCGCGGCCGGCAGCCUGGGGCGCCCAGCCCGCUCGGCCGCCCUGGCAGGGAUCCCGGCGCCCCCCGCCGGGCCGUGCGGGCCCGCUCGCUCCAACCAGGCGCCGCCGGACGCGUCGAGCUGCAGCUCCCACCGCCCCCAGAAGGCAGGCGCACUGGCCGUGCUGGCCGGGGUGGUGGGUGCUGCAGGAGAAGCCCUCCGGGGGAGCCAGGCUGGAGGGGCGGGUGCCCGGAAAGCGGACCGCAGCUCGGGUCGAGCAUCCCCUGGCCCGGCGCGCCCUAACCAGUCGCCCCGGGGGCAGAGGCCCCCUCCGCAGACACCGCUGGCUUCUCUCCCCGAAGUCACGACUCCUCUGAAGCCACCCCGCCCCUCAGCCUCGCGAAGGCGGCGGACCGGCGCUCCCCCCCAGCCCGCCCGCGGCGACACUGAGCGCGGCCAGGCCCGCCGCCUUGCCGCAGUGGCGGCUCCCGGAGCGGCCGAGCGGGCCAGGGUCGCCGCCCCCGCCCGCAUUCCGCUCACGUCGAGGCUUUCCCCGCUCCGCCGAUUGGAGGCAUCGGGGACGGACAAAGGGGCCUCGCCCGCCAUCCUGGCCAACCCGGAGCGGAAGAGCGAUGUCCCCAAGACAGACGGAGCCGCGGGGGAGCUGCCUGGCUGGGGGCGCGGGGGGCGGGAGGAGCGCGGGCCGGCCGGCCGGGCAGGACCGCCGCCAGCGUCCGAGCGCUCCGGAGCGGACCGGGGAGGCGCGCUGCUCCGCGGGGAGGAAGGCUCGGCCGCCGCUUUGCAGGCAGGCAGGCAGGCCUCAGCUGGGCGCGGGCGACCGGCGCCCUCGCCCCCUCCUCUUCCCGCCCCGGGGAAGGCGGUGUCUCAGACACCCCACUCGCCCUCCCGCGGCCGGAGAAGCUCCACCGGGGACCUCCCUCCGGGACGCGGGCUCCCCCCCCCCGCCGCCUGCAGGACCGCGGAGCUGCAGCGCCGUUCGAGCGGGCUCCCACAGCGCGCGGCAGAUCCAGGGCACGGCUUGGGAGCCCCGAGAGACCUCUCCCAGCGGGGCGCCUUCCCGUGGGGGACGCCGAGGCUGAGCGACGGGUGCAAGCAGUCAGGGCGACCCUUCGGGCCAUGCGGCCUCUCCUUGCGGGCGAUGCUUUGCUCUGCUCGUCCGGAGCAGAGUUCGUCCGCAAGCGUCCCGAAGCCCAGCGCAACGUGGCAAGGCAAGGACGCCGCGAACGCGACCCCGCACCCGCCCGCGUUGAGCAACACGCUGACCGAGCACGGCGUCUGCGGGAGGCCCCGGGGUCGGCCGGGCCAAGGACGGCCUGCGGCGCGCAGGGCUGGCGGCGGGCGGGCCUCGCCGGAACGGGGUGCCUACUGGCGUAUGCGGAGGGGGCGGCGGCGGGUCCCGUCGGCGGGCCGCGGCGCUCCCCGACGCAGCGCGGCCGUGGUCUCCCUCCCCUUCCCGCCGCGCCGCGCCUGCCCCGCGGCCGCGGCCCGACUACCGCCGUGGGGAAGCCGCGCCCCCCCCAGCCCGGGCGGCCGCCGCGGCGCUUCCCUGCCGGCGCGACAACGAGGGCGAGCUCGGCGGGUCGCCUGUGCUGUGCCCUCGCGGCCGGGAGCCGGGACCGGCGCGCCAAGCGGCGCUGCGGCCGGGGAGCUGGAGGGGCCUCCGGAGGAACACCUGGGGGGCGGGGGCUCCUGCUCCGGCCCUGCCCCCGCCCCGGCUGCGCUGAGUCAUCCUUCUGGCUGCGGGAAGCGCCGGAUCAGCAGAGGCGCGGGGCGGCCGGAGCCCCGCCCGGGCCGAGCGCCCCCGGAAUGCGGCCCGCCGCUGCAGCGCGGCCGCCUCUGCGUGCGGCGCGCGUCCUACGCGGGCUGCCCGAGCCCAGCCGGAGUCCGGGGGUGCCGUCGGUCCCCCGCGGGGUCCGGCUGGCGCCCGCUGGAGAGUAGGGCGGGAGGCGGCACAGUCUGCCCGACCUUUCCUCCCGCCCGGGGCCCCGCGGGGCAGGGCAGGCACGCGCAGCGCGCCCCUCCCCAGCGUGAAGGCGGCAGGCGGAGGGACGCAGCCACGGGCCACCUCGCCCCCGCCCCCCGCCCGCGCCCCCGGAAAGCCUGCGCGGCCCGGCGCGCCUCGUGGCGGAACGGCGGCGCUGACGGGCGGGCGCCUCGCCUGCGGAUGGGCGCCGCGGAGGCGCCCUGCGCGAAGCGCCCUGGCCGCGGAGGGAGGGCCCCGCGGCUCGCCUCCCUGCGGAGCGGUGACCUCGCCUGA